GUCUACCCGUUUGAAAGAGAGCGGAUCAGAGGUACUCUUGCUCUUACUGAGACAGGACAGAGAAAUGAUGAUGGGCUGACUGGGGAGAAUUCGCGUUUCAAUCAUGGAAUCCAGCAAAGUUCUUAAUUUUGUAGCAUCUGUUUGACAUUGUUCCUGACAAAAAGACACGUUACCCCCUCUGAAGUUGAAUAAGUAGCGGGAAAAUCCUCGACAGCACAGUACCCACUAUAGGGAUAUACCGAGCUUCAUCAGGGGGACCAGGAGGAUGGCUGUGAGGGCAAGGAGGAAGGACUGGAGUCGCCCAUCGUCUGCGGGGACAACAUCCACUGCUAUAGUCAGGUCCAGCCUGGGAGCCCAGAUUCAGACUCAGGGUGCGUGCUGCUGAACACUUCGAGAAAAGUAAGAUGCUGUUUGUCAAGUAUGUCUCUGGCUCACUCUAAACUGACUCACCAGUCACACAAUUCUCAGCACGUGCUCGGUAAGACUCUCAGAGAGCAUACAGAACGGUCGUCUGCAUGCGGCGGACACACGAUCUCCAUCUAUCCGUUAUGCAGUAUGUAAAGCUGAUGAACUUCGAAGAGGAGGUCAGAGCUCACCGGGACCUGGACAGCUUCCUGGCACAGGCCAGCAUCCUGCUGGACGAGAUGGCGGCCUCGCUGGACGAGGUGCUGAGGCGGAUGCUGCGCCGCGUGGCUCAGGACAGCCGCGCCACUGAGCCUGCCUGCAACUUCGAGGAGGUCAUGCGUCUGCUGUUCACUGAUGCCGCACCCCAGGAGGUCAACGUGCACCUGCUGUCGGAGACCAUCCAGGGAGUGACAGCCACUGCUACCGGCGUCCAGUACCAGCAGUCCUGGCUCUGCAUCCUCUGCAACGUGAAAAGCCUCCAAAGACGACACGUCUGCAUUUCUCGCUUGGAGAGACCCCAGAACUGGGGGGAAAACUGCUGCGAGGUCCGUUAUGUCAUCCUCAUCCUCUCCCCACAAAAGAUGAAAAGCACGAAGACAGCCAUGGAAUUGGGGCGGACAUUUGCCACCAUGUUCUCGGACAUCUCCUUCAGGCAGAAGCUGCUGGAAACUAAGACCCAGGAGGAGUUCAAGGAAGAGCUUGUGUAUCAGCGGCACCAGCUCACUGCAGCCAAUCAGAAACCAGCUGCUGUAGAAGAGGAGGAGACAGAUCCCCACAGCAACAAGCCACUCAAGUGCAAGGAUUUCCUGCGCGCAGGCCGUGGAAUCUACGAGGACUUGUGUCGUCGGCUCCCGCUGUACCCAUCAGAUUUUACGGAUGGUUUACUCGGGAGUAACAGAGCCUUGCUCAAGUAUACCACCACCGCCAUAUUCCUGUACAUCGCCAUCCUCUUGCCAGCCAUCGCAUUUGGCUCGCUGAAUGAUGAAAGCACACGGGGGGAGAUUGAUGUGCGAAAGACCAUCAUUGGUCAGAGCAUUGGAGGGGUCAUCUACUCUUUGCUGGCGGGGUCCCCCCUGGUAGUCCCUCUGACCACAGCUCCACUCGCCAUCUUUAUCAGUGUGAUCCGGGGCAUCUGUGAUGACUAUGGUCUUGACUUCCCUGCAUUCUAUGCCUGCAUCGGCUUAUGGAGCAGCCUAUUCCUCAUCUUGGGGGGUAUCUUCAAUGUUAGCUUACUUAUGAAGCUCUUCAAAAGGUCCACAGAGGAAGUGAUAGCACUGUUCAUCUCUGUCGCCUUCGUGGCAGAUGCUGUUAAAGGCACAGCCAAAAUUUUCCAUAAGUACUACCACGCACCCGCGCUGACCAGCAGCAGUCCCGAAGAGCUGUAUAAUGUGAUAGAGCAAGCCUUCACCAUGUCAGCUAUCGCCACCGGGAAUGGCACCAUGAACAGGACCGCCAACAUGACGGUUGACAGAAGUGCCCUCGCCGAAGCCCUCGUCUUGUGCACCAGGGAUCGUGCUGUGCUCUGUGUGUUGCUCAUGCUGGGAACACUUUGGCUGGGCUAUACCCUCUACCAAUUCAAGAGAAGCCCGUUCCUGCACGCCCAGGUUAGGGAGGUGCUGUCAGACUGCGCCCUGCCCAUCUCCGUCCUCAUCUUUUCCUUCGUGGGUUCCUAUCUGUUCCUUCACAUUGAACUUCCAGUGUUUGAUUUCCACCAAGGCCCCAUAUUUAAGGUCGCGCCUUUUGAGAAACUGUCCGCCAUGAACAUUGUGAGUGCCAUGGGUGUGGGAUUUCUCCUGGCCUUGCUCAUCUUCAUCGACCAGAACAUCGUCGUGUCCCUCACCAAUGCCCCGGAGAACAGGUUGCUAAAAGGAACUGCCUACCACUGGGACCUGAUGCUCUCAGGUUUAAUCAACAUUCUCAUGUCGGUGUUGGGGUUGCCAUGGAUGCAUGCUGCCUUUCCCCAUUCCACAAUGCAUGUGCGGCAGCUGGCCUGCGUGGAGCAGCGCGUGGAGGGAGGAUACCUCUACGAGACGAUUGUGAGUGUGAAGGAGACACGGCUUACAUCGCUGGUGGCCAACAUCCUCACCGGUGUCUCGGUGUUCUUGCUGCCUGUACCUCUGCAGUGGAUACCCAAGCCUGUGCUAUACGGCCUUUUCCUCUAUAUCGCCCUGACCUCCAUUGAUGGAAACCAAAUGUGUGACCGCAUGGCCCUUCUCCUCAAAGAACAGACAUCCUAUCCCCCUACCCACUACAUUCGCAAAGUCCCACAGAGGAAGAUCCACUACUUCACAACCUUGCAGAUCACACAGCUGCUGAUCUUGUGUGCCUUUGGCAUGUAUCCUCUACCCUACAUGAAAAUGAUAUUCCCACUACUCAUGAUCUUGCUACUUCCCAUCAGGAACAACCUGUUGCCCAGAAUCAUCGAGGCCAAAUACCUGGACAUUAUGGAUGCCCAGCACAUGUAAAGGACUGUAGGACUGGAACUAUAAAAGGCCAUUAUCUGUUAAAACAUGAAAGGAAAAUGUAGCAAUUUAGUCAGCAACUUCAAUGACAGAAAGGGAUAGGAGUACCCAGCUAUACGACGACUGUCACAUGACCAAGUGUAGGCGAACCAGCCAGGUGUGCUCUGCGUCUCAUUCUGUUCUCUCUCUUCUUUAGCUUUUGUUACUACUUGUCUAUGAAGUUUGUUGCCAAAGCUUAUCAUUUCAUAUAUCUCUAACUGAGCAAACCAAUAAGCAGCUAUAGUAUGAAAUAUGCUGGUGUUUGUACGGCGAGGAAGUUCGUUCACUGAACAAGUAUUUUCGCCGGUGUAUGAAUUGUGGAGCUCUUUAUAAGAUGCUUUGGAUGGAAGCAUCUGUUAAAUAAAUAAAUGCAAAUGUAAAUAAUCUGCUGAUGACUAGGGGAUACAGGAAGACUAACUUGGUUAUUACCUGUGAGAGGUGACUCAAAUAAGGUCCUGGCUGUUGCACUUUAUCACACGGUUAAUUCUGUUCCUUUCAGUUAGUCUUUUUUUCUUAUAAAAUGAUUUACAUUGGCUGAUUAAACACAUGUGCUAAGACGGGGUGGUGCUUCUUAGGCAUUUAAACAUGUGUCAUCCAUCACCUCUGAUCCUAUACAUACAAGCCAGCUCCAGAUGUCAGUCACUGCUUUUUGGUGAAGAUGCUUUGUCAGCAUCAUCUGUCUGACCUACAAUAGAUAUCAGAGUAAAAGCAUUGAAUAAAUCUAUAUAAUAAUAAAAUGUUUCUCUCAGCUGCACAUGAACAAAAGCAAAGCAUCGCAAAAUGUGACAGGGAGACCAGCUCUUGUUGUAGUGCUUCUCUAUUUGCUCUAAAACAGUAACCAUAUCUGUGUUCUCUCCUUCCUUACUGAGUCAAUUCCUGCUGUUUGCCCAGGUCAUGUGCCAGUGUUAGUCUGUUCCAUUACCCAUCCACAUUAUAAACCGUCAUCCCUGCAUUUACAGCCAGACUCCAAAGACAGCUGAUGUAAGCUGAUGAACGGCGUAGAAGCUGAGUUAUGGUACACAGUACUGCACAUUAGUAUGCCUUCUGCGAAAAUUGUAACCGUGCCAGUCUGAAGGUUGUUUAUUUUGCUGACAAAGUUGAAGGGACCUGUUUUGAUGAACCUCUCAAUGGUUAUAUGAUUUGAACCUACUGCAUUUUAUUUUUUUAAGUUAUUGGUAACAGUUCGAAAGCAGAUAUUGUACUGUAAACAAAUAAUGCCUAUUUAUAGUAAUAAUAUAUAUUUUAAAAGAAUAAAACUAGUGAUUUUAAAAAUGUUUUUAUUAAACUGUAUUAUUACUAUAAGCAACAAGCAAAGCUAAUCCACAAGUUAGUAUGAGUGGGCGAUGUGUCCGUACAGAACGUCUUUUACAGUAUAUCAGUACUUUGCUCCUUUGAUUGUAAAAUAACUAACCAAAAUAUUGAUUCAUAUAAAUUCAUGUAUACAGUGCAACUUUGGCUUUGAGGGAAAGAGGGCCAGUAGCAGUAGAUGUAUAGCUAACUUUCAGAUCCAUCAGAGACAUCCACAGAGAUGCUGAAUGUCAGUUAGAUUUAGGGUUUAUUUGACCACCAGCAGCCUGGAAAGUGGAAGGAACUGAGAAUUAUACGAGAGAAAAGCAGUAGAACUUAUGCACCCAUGAGUGAGAUGUUCAAAACCUAAUAUUGGCAUCUUACCGUGGUGUUCUGCCUCUUUUCCUUUCUGUAAGAGCCUUAAAACCCACUUGACUGCACCAAUGAUUUCACAGUAAUGGUGGACAUGAGGACUAGAAAUCAGCGAAUGGUUCUAACACAAAUAGUAUGACCUCUGUAAGGCUGACUCUCGAUUUUUUUUUUUUCUUCAACUCUGGACUCAUGGUUCCAUCUUGAACACUUACGUUCCCUUCAGAACAGGGAAAAGGCUGGAGAACUGCUAAUAUUUGUUCAAAUCACUAAAAAUCCUACUCAUUUUAUGUGAAUCCUUAAGAGUUUGAAGAAUGUUCCAUUGAAUGUUAUAACACUUAAUGAUUAGAAUAGAAUUGUUGGCCAGAUCUACAGAAUUGGGCAGCAUGGUGGUUUAGUGGGCAGUGUUGUUGGGUUGGGAGUUUAAAUCCUUCCUUUGUUCUGGGUAUGGAAUUUGAGUAUUCUCCUUGUGUUGUUCCCUCCUGCAGUCUAAAACAUGUGGUUAGGCAGCUGGCAUCCUUAAAUUGCUCAUAGUGUUCACUUGUGUGGGUGUGUGAAUCCUGUGAUAGACUGGCAUCUUAUUCAGGGUAUACCCCAGCCUUGUUCCCUAUGCUUCCUGGGAUAGGCUCCAGACCCCUUGCAACCUUGACCAGGCCCAGUGAUUAGAUGAUGAUGGAUGUAGAGACAAAACCUCAGUCUUGCCUGACAUUUACUGUGGUUAUAUUUGUGUGUGUGUCUAUAUCAGGUGAAUUUCAAUGAGUUCCAUUUUUGAAAAGUUGCUCUAUGAUUGGAGAUCUAUAUUAAUUUGGAAAAUUUUGUGUUGCUUUGUAUGUUUUUGCCCUUAGAUAAGCUGACGACACACUCCACACAGAACAUAAUUCUCUGAAAUUAUGUUAGGUGUACUUCAAUUUUUUUUUUCUGAAUUCAUGAAUGUGUAGUAAUUUUAAGUAAUACAAAACAAUUGGUUUCUUAAUGUCUACAGAAUAUUUUGUCACAAAAUAAGCUAUUUUAAUGUAAUGUUUAAUGUAAUGUUGACUAUAAUAUGUAAAACGAAAUCAAAUAAAAAUACAUCACAGAGUU